AUUAAAAAAUAAAUAAAAUGUCUUGAAACGAAAUCAAAAGCGAAAAACACCGGCGGGUGCCCUCUAGCGGUAGAUGCGCAUGCAGUAAAUUUCCAUAAAAUCUUCUAGGUCAAGGCUUUGUCAAAAUACGCCAUUCUUCAAGGUAAAGUAAAGUCUCUCACAGACAGAAGAAGAUGGUGGGCAAAAAGCCGAACGUGAUUGUUGUUGGGGCUGGACUUAGCGGGUUGUCCGCCGCAAGAACGCUGAACGAGGCAGGCGUAGAUGUCGUAGUUUUGGAGGGAAGAGACAGAGUGGGAGGCCGAGCUUAUACAACUGAGCGGGGCAGUGACAUGGGAGGGGCGUAUGUGGUUCCGUUUAUAUUCACAGAACUUCAUAAACUGGCCACUGAGUUUGGCAUAAAAGCUGUCAGCACCAAUUCGGAAGGGAAGAAAAUAUACUACAAAAAUGGAGAGGCCAAAUCUUUUGAUGAUCGUGUGAAGCUUUUUGCAAACCCUUUGGCAGGCCUGGAUGUCAACCAUUCCUUGGUAGAAAUUCAGAGAUACUGCAACAUGAUGCAGAUAGAUAAGCCCUGGAAUUUCAAAGAAGCAGAGACACUGGAUAAAAUGACACUGGAAGAAUGGAUAAAAGCCAACACAUGGACACAGGAGGCGCGCGACUUUCUCCAGGUGUACUGUGUGACCAAGGCGGCGGUGGAGCCCUGCGAAAUUUCAUUUCUGGCCUUUGUCUGGAAGGUUAAAAGCAUGGGGAACACAAGAGAGGCAUACUCUUCUGGUGGUGGAGGUCUCACAGUGUAUGCUGGAGGAAUUGGGCAAAUUACUCAAAAGAUGGCGCAAGAGCUCGGAGAUAAAGUGCAGUUGAAGAAAAAUGUCCAGCGAGUGGCACAGCAAGGGGACAGCAUUGAGGUGACGACAGAAGAUGGAAAAACUUUUAAGGCCGACUACAUGAUUCUGACUACCCCUGCUGUGAUGCAGUUGAAGAUGACCUUUGACCCCCCACUGCCGCCACUCCGAACACAGCUUUUACAGAGGCUACCCAUGGGGGCAGCCAUUAAGUGUAAACUAACAUACAAUCAGCCAUUCUGGCAAGAAAAAGGUUAUAAUGGAUUUACUCUGGUUGAAGACAAGAAUGAGCCAGUCUCAUGGGUGUUAGAUGACUGUUACCCAGGAGCCAAGAGCUAUGGACUUGUCAGUUUCUUGGUUGGUGACAAAGCAAGAAACCUGGCACAGUUGGGGAGAGAAGAGAAAAUAAGUCAACAGUGUAAAAGUCUCGCCAAGAUUUUCAACUCCCAGGAUGCUCUAACGCCUUCAGGUUAUGAAGAGGUGGACUGGAUGUCAGAAGCAUUUUCAUUGGGUGGUUUCAGUCAUGCAUAUCCACCAGGGGUACUGACCAAGUACAAAAAUCUUCUCCGAGAGCCAGUUGGCAGGUGUUAUUUUGGUGGAGCAGAAACGGCAGCUCCAGGCACAGCUGGCCUUGAAGGCGCUGUCAGGUCUGGCCAGAGAGCCGCAAGACAAGUGCUGAAUGCUAUGGGGAGACUGCCUCUUUCUGAUGUUGAGGAUCCAGAUGCUAAAAAGGACAUGAGUUACCAGAUUCCUGCCAAGUAUCGUUACCUUCCCAGUGUUCCUGUUGCUGUUUCCACGACAACAUUGGUUACUCUGGGUCUCGGACUGUUGUUGGGGCGAAGAAUGGUAGUUCUUAGAGCCAGAGCUCGUAGGCCAUAAGUUCAUGAAAGAUGACUAUUUCUUAUAUCAUUGCAUCAUUUUUGAAAAGGUUAAAUUAGAUAUUGGUGACCUACUUUUCAUAAUGAAUUCUUCUUGAAAUUUCAUCUGUUAGGUAUUGUUUUUACAUUGUUUAAAUUCAAAGAAUACAUUUUGCAGGAUUUAUUUUUAUGUAAAAUUGAUUUUUGGUACUGCCAAUUAAAUGAGGAAGCUGGAAAUUAAGAAAGAAAGACCAAUGAAUUUAUUACUGUUAUUUGUACUAAAUAUUUACUAUCGUGCUAAAAGCGAUGUGACUAAGAUUGAAUGUAUUUUUGUACGUAACAGAUAGGUGCUUGGCACAUGGAAAGCCAUGUGGAGUAUUUUCUUGUUGUUUUCCUUUGAUUUGAUGAAAGGAUCACUGUUAUCAGUAUUGUAUGUAUGAUGACUUUGCUUCAGAAGCUUUGAAUACUAAGCACCUGUUCCACAAUGAGUUCAAAGUUCAUGGGCCAAGUUUAGCCAACUAACACUGGAUAGCAGACUACAUAGAGCUGACUUUCUGCAUUAUUGGUAGAAAGCCCCAUUCACAGAAUAGGAAACUAGACCGAGGGUCCAAAAUGGCGACCCAUCAAAAAGCUUGAAGUCUAAUCAACUAAUAGACAUUGAACUAUUCAAGUGGGUUGGUUAUAUUUUACCCUCAGACUAGUUAUAGUCCCCUAUGUAUUCUGAAUGAGGGCUAAGCGCUUUUCAGAAUGAUCUACCCAAUAUGAAUGCAUUUGGCAUCUUUACAUGAGCUGUUAUCACCACUAGGAGUAAGAACCUCAGUCAGGAAUUAAACAGUUAGUGCAAUAGGCUAAGUAAAAGAAAAGCAGUUGUAUGAGGUAAGAGGCAUUAUUGAUAUAGAAAAGUGACAGUAGACAGCUAUGAUUUUAGCCCCAAAAUUGACUUGAGGCUCUUUGUGAAGCAGGGUCCCAGAAUAAUAUUUAUUUUUGAAAAGUAUGUAUAAACUGGAGUUACACUUCAUAAAGUGGACCAAAGGGGGUGUUCACACAAGUUUGAAAUGGAACAAACCAGAUUUGGUCCAAACUACAGGAGCAGUUAAAGUAAGGCUCCUUGGGUAGUCACCAGUUUCACUGCAGAUUGGUAAAACCAGCUUGAACACUGGCAUUGGAAACUGUGUAUAGUUUUGCUGUGUGGCCACCAAUGUGAUUUCAGGAAUAGCUGAAACCUGCAGUAUGGGUUAGAUAGACAAUGAACUGGAGGAGGGGGUUGGAGAAGUGCAUGGGUAAAAGUUGUAAAAACUGAAAAUCCUGAGAAUGUAGCUUGCAAGCUCUCAUUACAUUUAGACCAUAUGAAAAAAUAAAAAAAAUCAAAAUGAAGAUUGAAAAUGCUGUAAUCCAGCAUAAUUCUGUCAACUUUCACCCAUGUCAGUUUGCAAUUGAUUCAUUAGGUAUGCUUCUGGUACCCUUAAAGUUAUGCGAGUUAGAACUCCUCAAAUUGAAAUCAAGUUUGCUUUUAUAGGAACCAUAUGUGUGUACAUGCAGGUACCUUCAAGUGUUAUGGUCAGACCAUUUAUAGGAUCCAUGUGUGUACCUUCAAGUGUUAUGGUCAGACCAUUUAUAGGAUCCAUGUGUGUACCUUCAAGUGUUAUGGUCAGACCAUUUUAUUGUUCAUGUGUUCUCUGAAUAAC